AUUUUUCAGAAAUUUUGGGAAAAAGAUGAAUUCAAUAGGCUACAGAACCAAGAAUAUGCUCCUGGUGACGGACGAUGUGGGCAAAGCUAAGCCGUCCACGAGGAAACUUCCAAGCGAGAAUUUUACAUAUGGUAAAGCGGAGGAUCAAGAUGUAGAAGGGGCAGGAGAUGUCAUGUCUAAUUGGAAGUUCCAUGGGAGGAGCUCGAAGCAUAAACCUGAUAGAGAUUUUAAGAAAUUGAACAAAAUGGGGCUUAAGAGCAAAGCUACUAAUGCUAGAGAUAUCUAUAAGUUUAGACAACAGCACGAUGCGAGAGUUAAAGAGCCUAAGAUUGGAGCUGGUAGAAGGAAUAACCUCCCUCCUGAGGAGUUUACUUACGGCAUUCCAUGCAGACCAUCUACUCCUAUUAGAGAUGUCAUGGGUAAUUUCUUUGGUGAAAUGGCUGAGAAUGAGCUAAAGUAUAAAUACUACCAAACCAGAUCUAACUUCAGGAAGACUAAUAUGGCUGAGGAAGCCAACAAGCAUACAACUAAGAGUAAAAUUGCUCAUGAGUUUAUUAAAUCUAAAGGGAAAGAGGAUGAAACUCAUGCAAAACUCUUCUCUGGAUCUAAGGAUCUGUUCAAGAUCAAUAGGUUCAAGAAGGUAGCCCCACGUUAUAAAAACCCUGUUGCCUCUAAAUAAUCUUUUAUCUAAUUUACAUCUUCAUUA